UCCAGAUAGAACCGGGCAUGUUCUUGAACACGGCUUCUCCCCGGAGGUCGUUUAGCAUCCCCAUUAACAUCAACCUGCCUGGCGCUCGCAGGCGGCGGACACGGGAGAUCCAGCACACAUCGGCGACACAGGAGCAGGAGAAGAGCCAAAGAGGAGACGGCGGCGGCCCCCACGGGGCCCGGAGUCAGAUGCCUACGUCUAGUGUGGGAGAAGAACGAGCCAUCCUGUUGGGCUUCACCAUGAUGGCUUUCUCUGUGCUCAUGUUCUUUGUGGUCGGCAUCACCACGGUGAAGCCUUACAUCGACAGUUGCUGGGAGGAGGCCAGCUGUGUCCUGCCUCAGACUGAUAUCCUGGAGGAGUGGGUGGACUGCAGAGGGGUCGGCACGGUGCCCUGCCUCACUGUGACCGUCAGCGUCACCGGCUCCAACCAGUCGGCCUUUCUCCAGUUUGACGAGGAUUCGGUCUUCCUUCCAAACAAGUGUUUCUAUCUCCCCAAGUGCCAAAUGGACAGAAAAGGGCUUCAGGACGAAGUGCAGAAAGUAAAGAAGUGGGUGGACGGCCAGCUGAAGAACAGCUCCACGUGUUUCAGUGACCAGAAGGGCCACCCCAACCAUGUCAUCAUGAACAGGAAGUACACCCUGCAGAGGGCGCUGUUCGGACUGCUGUGGCCCUGUCUGAUGCUGGGUGGCGGAUCGUUAUUGGUGGGACUUGUGAAGCUGACGCAGUGCUUGGCCCGUCUGUCCACUGAUCUGAGAAGUUAUUCCAGAGGAGGAAGGCAGACUUUGAGAUACCCUCAGGGCAAAAUGUACAGACUCCUCCGGAGGUCAAGCAUGCAAUCUACCUUGUGACUUAUGGUGGAACACAAACCGGUUGGAUUUGAGGA